UUUGUUUACCAAUCCGGGAUUUGCCGUUUUUUUGUGUACUGUUACUCUAACCAAACUCGCUCCUUCUAAACAUUAUCAUCGGGUAAUUACCGAAGUAAGAAUUUAGUGUACUAAAAAGUCUCAUUUUAAAGCAUAGUGGAAGUCGUUUAGCUUUAUUUUGAAGCUUCGCAUGCUUACCGAAGUGAAGGUAGUUUAGCUUAACUCGCUAGCUAAAACACGCUAAAGCAUUCCGAUUGCUUUGGUUUAACGCCACCUCCAAUUUGUAAAGUUUGUUUUAAGAAGAAAAUCGUUUGGUUAGCAAACAUGAGAAUGAUUAAAUUUAAUUGUAUAAGACGCUUCUUGACUUGGCUUCAAAAUGCUACGAAUUACUACUAAGGGAAUGCCAACGCAAUCCCAAACAUCCAAGUCAAUGAGGAGAGGAAAUCCAGGUCAUGACAAACAACUGAAAAACAAAAGAAAAUGAAGUUCUAGCCUGAAAGGGGACGAACUCGGAAGUGAUAUGUCACAUCGGGAACAGCGAUGGCAGCUCGAGACAUACGGCCGCGAUACGAAGCCCUUCAAACAAUGAUUCAAACAGCGAUAUAAGCUAUAUAUCCACGUUUUUGAAGAGUUGGAGGAAGACCUAACAUGUAUUAGCCAGAUGCUAAUCAGGAUGCAAACAAUGUGCCUACACUACCUGACAUGGAAUGGAUACAAGACCCAUCGGGAUUACAAGAUUGUGUCCCACAGACGUUGCUGUAGAAGAUCUUCACCAUGAGAAGCACGAUGCCCUCAACGUUAAGCAGGAGUCGGAGAUGUCGUACAUCAAACAGAAGGCGGAGCCAGAGACUUCCUACAUGAAAGAAGAAGAACAGGAAGAUGAAAUCCCCAAGUUUCCAAUGGGUGUCAGUUUGAAGAGUGAAAAAGCUGAAGGUCCGAGCGAAGCUGCCAAACCUUCGAGCGACUGCUCAUUUCAACACCUGACGACAAAAGAAAAGGGACAAUCGCAACCGGACGGCGUCUUAGCUCCGCUUUCGGGCAGCGGCGACGUAACGUCGUACUCUUCUGACUUUAACACUGAUGAGGAGGAUGUUGACUUUGACCAAAUUUUUUCAAAAUCCUUAAACAAGUCAUCAUUGAAAACGGAGACGAAAGAGCGCUUGGCUGGGAAACCCUUUCCCUGCUCAGUUUGCGAGAAAAGAUUUUCUCUGAAGACUUCUUUAGAAAGCCAUCAGCGGACACACACUGGAGAAAAGCCUUUUGUCUGCACAUGUUGUGGUAAAAGAUUCAGCGAGAAGGGAAAUUUAAACAGACACACAAGCACACACACUGAAGAAAAGCCUUUUCCUUGCUCAGUUUGUCAUAAAAGAUUCCGUCUGAAGGGAGCUUUAACCAGACACGCAACAACACACACCGGAGAGAAACCAUUUGGCUGCUCACUUUGUGAGAAAAGGUUUCCUCAGAAGAAUAUUUUAGAAAGACACACGCAUACACACACUGGGGAAAAGCCUUUUGUCCGCACAUGUUGUGGUAAAAGAUUCAGCGAGAAGGGAAAUUUAAAGAAACACACAAGCACUCACACUGGAGAAAAGCCUUUUCCCUGUUCAAUUUGCGAGAAAAGAUUUUCUUCGAAGACUGAUUUAGAAAAGCAUCAGCGUACACACACUGGAGAAAAGCCUUUUGUCUGCACAUGUUGUGGUAAAAGAUUCACCCAAAAGGGAAGUUUAAAAAAACACACAAGCACACACACUCUAGAAAAGCCUUUUCCCUGCUCAGUUUGUCAUAAAAGAUUUUCUUCCGAGGCUGAUUUAGAAAAGCAUCAGCGUACACACACUGGAGAAAAGCCUUUUGUCUGCACAUAUUGUGGUAAAAAAUUCCCCCACAAGGGAGAUUUAAACAAACACACACGCACACACACUGGAGAAAAGCCUUUUGUCUGCACAUGUUGUGGUAAAAAAUUCACCGACAAGGGAAAUUUAAGCAAACACACACGCACACACACUGGAGAAAAGCCUUUUGUCUGCACAUGUUGUGGUAAAAGAUUCAGCAAGAAGGGAAAUUUAAAGAAACACACAAGCAUUCACACUGGAGAAAAGCCUUUUCCCUGUUUGGUUUGCGAGAAAAGAUUUUCUUCGAAGACUGAUUUAGAAACCCAUCUGCGUAUACACACUGGAGAAAAGCCUUUUGUCUGCACGUGUUGUGGUAAAGGAUUCACCCAGAAGGGAGAUUUAAACCAACACACACGCACACACACUGGAGAAAAGCCUUUUCCCUGCUCAGUUUGUCAUAAAAGAUUCAGUCAGAAGGGAGCUUUAAUCAGACACGCAACAACACACACUGGAGGGAAACGGUUUACCUGCUCACUUUGUGGUAAAGGAUACGCUCAGAAGGGAUAUUUAGUAUCGCACGCAAGAAGCCACAGUGGGGAAAUAACUUUGAUUUAUAGUGAAUGACAAGAUAUUCAGAUUCCUUCAACACAUUUAAAGUAAACGAAGCCUUUCAAUUUCCUUAUUCUGUUUCCCUUGUGUCUCUUUUCAAAAAGAUGUUGAAACGAUUUUGCAAGUCCUGUUCUUUUUCACAACUAUCCAAUACAGGUAAUGCCCGGGUCACGACGUACCCGGCUUGUGUGAUUUUGAUUUUACAACGCCAGAGUCUCGUCUUUUUUUUUUUUUUU